AUGGACGAUUAUCAGCGCAAAAAGAAACUUCUAUUAUUGAAGAGAAAAAUUCUACUGCUGCUAAUUUCUGCAAAACGACGUAGAUACAAAAGAAGGUUCUGGGUACAUCCCAUAAAUAGAAGGCGAGAAGAGAAGGGCUUGUAUGACACGUUGUUGCAAGAGCUUCGUCAAGAUAAUGAAAGACAUUGCAAGUAUUUACGAAUGACAGUUGAACAUUUUGACGAAAUAUUACGUUCAAUUGCACCACUUUUGACAAAAAAGGACACACAUUUGAGAGCAGCAAUUAAACCAGGACUAAAGCUUGCCAUCACAUUGCACCAUUUGGCUGAAGGAGCGUCUCAUAACGCCAUAGCUGCGCACUAUCGACUGGGUCGUUCAACAGUAUCAGAGAUUAUUUACAGCACGUGUGAUGCUCUUUGGAAAAAAAUGCAGCCUGAAUAUAUGACCAUGCCAUGUGGUCCAGAAGCAUGGAAAAAGAUAUUUGAUGGAUUUGAAAAAUGGAAUUUCCCCCAUUGUCUUGGGAGCAUCGAUGGAAAGCACAUUUUGAUCCAGAAGCCUAAGCAUGGUGGAUCGGAGUAUUUCAACUACAAACAGCGGGAGUCCAUUGUACUUAUGGCUGUAGUUGAUGCAUCAUAUAAAUUUAUUACCAUCGAUGUUGGAAAAUCUGGUAGCAACAGUGAUGGUGGCAUUUGGGAGUCAUCAGGUUUUGGAAGAGCUUUGGAGAACGGACGUGUAAACCUACCAUUUCCAGCACCUUUGUCAAGAAUUGAAUCAGGUGAAGCAUUGCCCUACAUGUUUGUAGGAGAUGAGGCAUUCCCAUUGCGCCCAUACCUAAUGCGUCCUUUUCCUGGCCGGUCACUGGACAAUGAUUCACGACGGAUAUUUAAUUAUCGUUUGUCACGUGCUAGGAGAGUGGUAGAGAAUGCAUUUGGUAUCAUGUCUCACAGAUGGAGAAUAUUAUUCAAACCCAUCAUUGCAGAACCAUCAAAAGCUAUUUCAUUAGUUAAAGCCAUCUGUGUUCUACACAACUUCCUGUGUGUUAAGAAUGAUCUCAACUAUACUCCUCCAGGGUUUUUAGAUUCUGUUAAUGAAGCUGGCAACAUAACAGAGGGUUUUUGGAGGACAAAUGCACCUAAUCAAACCUCUACCACUGGCUACAACAGUCGCAGUGCUACUCAACAAGCCAGUCAAAUUAGAGAAAAACUUUGCACAUAUUUUAUAAGUUCUGAAGGUUCUGUGGAAUGGCAGUGGAAGCAUAUAAAUCGUCGAUAGUGGAUAUUAUCUUUUGUAGGAUUUUGUUUUAAUACAUAUGGUCAUUUGUUUUUGAAGCAGAAAUAACUUUAUAUAUGUUGUAAAGAUAUACAAUAAGUAUAAUAAUAGGAAAAUAAACUGUUAGUAAAACAUUAAAAUAGUUGUGUGCUUAAUUAUGACAUAAGAUAUUAAAAAAGAAAAACUA